UCGUAAACAGCUAUGUUUAUACGUGUUUUACAGCCAGUAUUGUUCAAGUGUUCGAGCGUUUUUGUCCGCGAAUUGCAUUUAAAAAUGCCGCAAAAAGUUUACAUCGUGGGGGUUGGCAUGACGAAGUUUACAAAACCGAGCCCGGACCGGGAUUAUCCGGAGAUGGCUAAAGAAGCCGUGGAAGCGGCGCUGAGUGAUGCCGGUGUCAAAUAUGAUAAGCUACAGCAGGCCGUGUGUGGAUAUGUGAAAGGAGACUCUACAAGCGGACAGCGGGUGUUGUACCAGGUCGGCAUGACCGGCAUUCCUAUCUACAAUGUCAAUAACAACUGCUCUACCGGCUCUACAGCUUUGUUCCUAGCUAAACAGCUUAUAGAAGGAGGCUCUGAUGUUAUUCUAGCUUUAGGCUUCGAGAAAAUGGCGCCAGGAGCCUUAGGCGCCAGCGCUUAUGAAGACCGAGCGUCCCCUCUUGACAAACACAUGUCAAAGAUGGCCGAAUUAGCAGGCUUGACUAAAGCACCAAGAACAGCGCAAUACUUCGGAAACGCUGGACUAGAAUACAUGAAAAAGUACGGAGCAACUGAAGAGCAUGUGGCAAAAAUUGCUGCAAAGAAUCAUAGACAUGGAGCGAAGAAUCCCCGCGCGCAGGUCGCUAGAGAAUAUACUGUAGAGGAAGUCUUGAAUUCAAGGAAGAUUUUCGGUCCUCUGACGAAACUGUCCUGUUGUCCUACCAGCGAUGGUGCUGGAGCGGCCGUCCUUAUGUCAGAAAAAGCUGUCAUGCAACAUGGACUGCAAAAGAAAGCCGUAGAGAUUCUCGGCAUGGAAAUGGCAACAGAUACUAAAGAAGCCUUCACUGGAAAAAGUUUCUUAAGCCUCGUUGGCUAUGACAUGACCACUCUAGCCGCUAAGCGGUUGUAUCAAAAGACUAGGAUAUCUCCUAAAGAUGUGAAUGUGGUUGAGCUUCACGACUGCUUUGCUACUAACGAGAUGAUCACGUACGAAGGUCUGCAGCUGUGUGAAGUGGGGAAAGCGGGGAAGUUCGUGGAUGACGGGGACAACACGUAUGGAGGGCGAGUGGUGGUGAACCCGAGCGGCGGGCUGAUCGCGAAGGGCCAUCCUCUGGGGGCCACGGGGCUGGCGCAGUGUGCUGAGCUGGUCUGGCAGCUGCGGGGAGAAGCCGGGAUACGACAGGUCCCCAACGCUCGCAUAGCCCUGCAACACAACCUGGGGCUAGGUGGCGCUGUGGUCGUCACUCUGUACAGAAAGGGCUUCCAGAACGUCAGCUCCAAACUUUAAAUACGAUUUACGACUUACUUUCUCCAUGUAUUUUUGAAAUAGUACAUUACGAUACACGCGCGAAAAGGAAAUUCGUAACUCGUGUCGAUUUAAAACACUCCCUUCCGUCGUGUUUUGAUUUAACGCCACUCGUUUUCAAACUUCCUUUUUUACGCACUUGUAUCAUAAUGUACCUACUAUUAUAUUUGAUCGUGCUUUUUUAUUGUGUGCUUUCUUUUUCACAAGUCAUUUGCUAAAAAUAAAAUAUUUUGUACUUUUCCUAAAAUUGUUUAAUAUCAGUAUUUUCGUAAAUAAAGAUCUAUUUUU